AACAUAUUCGUGUCAUUGAUGUUCAUUCACCUGCGGCCGGAUUCGCCUUGCAAGGCGCCAGCUUUGUCAUUGUCCACCACGCCGAGACGCGUACUCUUCGACACCGGGGCAGAUUUCAACCUCAUCUCACACGGAGCUCGCACUGAGCUCGACUUGAGCCAACAACCAUACCACAGCCGGGUACGGUCCAUCGGUGGAUUCACUGAGCUCAAAAGUGCUGUCGUACUGCAGUGGCAUUUCCGGAGUCACGCCUCCAGACCGAGCCAGCCUCCGACCUUUUAUCGUUCCUCAUUCUAUGUCUUGCCCGCAGAAUCUAACGCCAAAUUCGACUGCAUCCUUGGCCGACCAUGGAUUGAAGAAAACUGGACUGAAUUCAUUGCUUUGGUUGAGCUCAACAGAAAAAGGGACACGGAGUAA